AUGUCUACCGUCCUGCGCUCCCCGUGGCACGCCCUGGGCCGCAUGCCCACGGCUGCCGGUGUCAGGCAGCUCACUACCGCAUCUUCGUCUUCAUGUUCAGUACCGCGCGUCGGACUAUGCAAUCCCCUCGCCCUGACAUCGCCCGUCGCUGCCCUCAGGGCCCGCCAGUUCUCUUCCAUGUCGCGCAACGGCCCUCUCUCGCACCUCCGCCAGCUGACCAAGCCCGGCAUGCUCGGCCUCAGCCUCGUACAACAGCGCUCGCUCUUCGGUGGUCCCUCUCAGGAACAACUUGCUCGGCUCGAACAGGCUGCUAAUGCCAACCCUACGAGCGCCUCCGCCCAGGCUUCCUUCUACUCGGCUCUUCUGCGCGGCAACUACCACCAGAUCAUCAUCGACCGGUACAACACAGGACGCUUCGCCACCAACUCUACAAUUGACAAGAUGUACAACAACGCCCUGGCAAAGACGGGACAGGACGGCGGCGAACACUCAGGGCUCACUGCGAACCAGCGCCAGGCUAUCACCCAGGCCAUCGGCGCAAACGCUGGCGGUGCUCAGGUCGCCAAGACCAGGGGCGGCGCUGGCGUCAAGGCCGACCCCGUCUACGUCGUCGUCGAAGAGUCUCUGAUGAAUGUCAUCUUUAAGUGGGUCCGCUGGAUCUGCGGUUUCGCUUUGGCUGCCUACGUCUCCCUGAUCCUCAUCACUCUCUUCGUCGAGACCAGCGGCGUCCUCAAGAAGGGCGUUGGCGGUAAAGAGAACGCCGAAGUCCGCCCCGAGCAGCAGAACACUCGCUUCAGCGAUGUCCACGGUUGCGACGAGGCCAAGGAGGAACUCACCGAUGUCGUCGACUUUCUCAAGAACCCCGACAAGUACAACAAGCUCGGCGGCAGACUCCCCAAGGGUGUACUCCUAGUUGGCCCUCCUGGUACUGGUAAAACUCUGCUUGCUCGUGCUUGCGCAGGAGAGGCCGGUGUUCCCUUCUUCUACAUGUCCGGUUCUGAAUUCGACGAAGUUUACGUUGGUGUCGGAGCCAAGCGUGUCCGCGAACUCUUCACUGCUGCUCGAGGCAAGGCGCCUGCCAUUGUCUUCAUCGACGAACUUGAUGCCAUAGGCGGAAAGCGCAGGUCGCGCGACGCCAGCUAUCACCGCCAGACCCUCAACCAGCUUCUCAACGAUCUCGACGGUUUCGACCAAAGCAGUGGUGUCAUCUUCAUUGCUGCCACCAACCACCCCGAGUCUCUCGACGAAGCCCUGCUUCGCCCCGGACGUUUCGAUCGUCAUGUCCAGGUUGAACUCCCUGAUGUAGGUGGCCGACUGGCUAUCCUCAAGUACCACACUCAGAAGAUCCGCCUCUCUCCCGAUAUCGACCUUUCUACCAUCGCCCGUGGCACACCUGGAUUCUCUGGUGCCGAGCUAGAGAAUGUUGCCAACUCGGCAGCUAUCCGCGCUUCUAAGAUUCAGGCAAAGUUCGUCUCUCUCGACGAUUUGGAGUGGGCCAAGGACAAGAUUAGCAUGGGCGCAGAAAGGAAGAGCCGCUCCGUACCGCUCAAGGACAAGAUUCACACCGCCUACCACGAGGGUGGCCAUGCGCUCGUCGGUCUCUACAAGCCUGGCUUCAACGAUCUACACAAGGCGACUAUUCUUCCCAGAGGUCACGCCGCCGGUAUCACCUUUUUCCUUCCGGAAGAAGAGGGCCAUCACACUCGCAAACAAUACAUACGCCAACUGCAGGUCUCUCUGGGCGGCAAGAUUGCCGAAGAGCUUGUAUAUGGAGAGGAGAAUGUAUCCACCGGAGCUUCUAGCGACAUUUCCAACGCAACAAGGAUAGCCUACAUGAUGGUCACUCAGUGCGGUUUCUCAGAGAAGCUCGGCAACGUCGACUACAAAUCUAAUUACGAGAUGGUCGCACCCGAGACCAAGCGAAUCAUCGACGACGAGGUGCGAAAGCUGAUCGAUGAGGCAAGAAAGGAUGCGAAGGAGCUGCUGCUGUCGAAGCGCAAGGAGCUUGACAGAUUAGCCGAUGCGCUUGUGCAGUACGAGACGCUGGACAAGAAGGAGAUCAUGAAGGUCAUCAAGGGCGAGGACCUCCCAGGCCGGCUGAAGGCCUUGCCUGACGCGCCCAUCAAAAUCCCAGAUAACCCACUCCCCACGGCGAUAAGACCAAGGGGUGAUGGUGGUGAUGGCCCAGAACCUCCCGCUCCCAUACCUGCGUAG